AGUAGAAAUAUCUUCCUCAUGCCCCUCUGCCUCAUUAACUAAUAAGUUUAAAUCUACAACCUCCGGCUAUUGACUCACUUCUCAGAAACAAUAAUAUUUUUAUUGACCAUCCCAAAACCUCAUCAUCUUAAAAGUCAUUUUUUGAAUUCGAUCAUGGGGAUGGCCAGCAUUUGUUGUCCAUCCUUAAUUUCAUUUUGAGUAAGCGGUAGUGAGCCACUUCCUUGACCUGCUGCAUUGCUUGGUUUGUGGGUACAGUUCCGGUAUUUUGACUCAGCAACUUUGAAGAAACAGUGUUAUUGUUUCCUGUCAGAAGCUAAGUGGCUUGGAUUGGAACUUGCAGGUAGUAGUAUUCCCAAGCAACUGUUGCCCUCGUCAUUUCAAGUGGGAGAGUUUGUGGAUUUGGAAGGUGCUGCCAAAGGAGCCUGGUGACUAGUUGUAGUGCAUUUAUUGGUGGUACACACUGCUGCUGUGCAUCAGUGGUGAAGAGAAUGAACUUUAAAGUGAAGAAAAUAUAUGGAAGCUUUGUGAAUACAUAAGGAACAGAAGACAAUAUCCUCUGGAAGAAUGGUACACUGUUUUCGUGUCAAAUGACCAAAAGAUGGUGCCCAUCUGGAGUCAGCAGUCUGGUAGUGGAGAUCAGCCUGUAAUCUGGGAUUACCAUGUUAUCCUACUUCAUGAUUGUGGAGGACAGCACUGUGAGGUCUAUGACCUGGAUACGACACUCCCAUUUCCAUGUCCUUUCGAUACUUACGUGAAAGAAGCCUUCAGAUCUGAAGAUCUCAUCAGACCAGCUUUCAGAAGAAAAUUGAGAGUACUACGAGCAGAUCUGUACCUGAAGACAUUCGCUUCAGAUCGAUCUCAUAUGAAAGAUGUUAACGGAAUGUGGCGCAUGCCUCCUCCUCCAUAUCCUUGUAUUCAAACAGCAGAGUCAAAGAUGAACUUGGAUGAUUUUAUCAGUAUGACUUGUACCAUCGGAUGGGGUGAUGUCUAUACCUUUCCAGAAUUUGUCCAACAAUUCGGAAGUUCAAAGUUAUAAUAUUUGAAAGAAAAAUCACAAAGAUUCCAGUUUUCGUCCUUGCCCUGUGAGAAGAACUGCAUAACAGACAUUAAUAAUCCUCCAAGAAGCAGCAUCUUGGUGUUGAAGUUUCCAAAAUCCCCAAAAUGGGCAAUUGAGAGAACCCACGAUGACAAGAAUGGAGGAGACAGAGGGAGAGGGAGAGGUGGAUACUAAAGAAAAUCAAAUUCAAACUUGAUGCUGGAAGUGGUGAUUCUGCCGACCCCUCAAAUCAGAACCAUUACUUAAGAAUGAAUCGUUAACAUAAGGAGGAGAGAAUGUAAUGAACUGUUUACAAUUGAUGCGUGCUAUAUCUUUAUCCAUUGAGACUGUUCCUUCUUCAUACAUUAAUAUGACGAGUAAAGAACACCAAUCAUAUCUGAUCAAUGUAGAAUCCUGAAGAAUAUUGUUAAUCCACAAAGCAAACUAGUUCAAUAAAAAUCUUUUUAAAGUUUAAA